CAAAGUUCGUUGGUACAGAGAGAUAGAGAGAGAAGCAGUAAAAGGUCCUUUUAAAUACGGAACACUGACACACAUAAACGACGCAUCUCUCUCUCUUUCUCUCUCUAUUGCCUUUGUUUUCUCUCUCCUCCUUGAUCCCAAAUCAACUAGGGAUUCAUGAUCGGUGCGAUUCGGAGCUUGUAGAUCCGCGUCAAGGUUUCGUUUUCCGGAUUAUUGUGAACAUAAUUUUUUCGAACGAAUUUUUUUCCUGGCCUAAAGGAAAGUUGAAAAGAUGGACCAUGAAAAGACUGAAUGUCAAGCUCCCCCCGAAGGUCCUAUACUGUGCAUCAACAAUUGUGGAUUUUUCGGAAGUGCAGCUACCAUGAACAUGUGUUCUAAGUGCCACAAAGACAUGAUGCUGAAACAGGAGCAGGCCAAGCUUGCUGCAUCAUCCCUUGGAAAUAUUAUGAACGGGUCAUCAAGCAACACUGAAAAGGAACCUGUUGUUGCAGCCAAUGUGGAUAUACCAGCAGCCAUUUUAGUGGAGCCUAAAACUAUCUCCCAGCAACCUUUAUUUGGCUCAGUUUCAGGGGGCAGUGGUGAUGUCAAGCCAAAGGAUGGUCCGAAACGUUGUAGCAACUGCAACAAGCGAGUUGGUUUGACAGGGUUCAAUUGUCGAUGUGGUAACCUUUUCUGUGCUGUACAUCGCUAUUCCGACAAGCAUGAUUGCCCAUUUGAUUACCGCACUGCUGCACGAGAUGCCAUAGCUAAAGCAAACCCAGUUGUCAAGGCUGAGAAGCUUGACAAGAUUUAAGAAUCAGUAUCUUGAAAGUUUAUACCCUUUAGAUGAUGUUAUGCUCAAUUUCAUCAUGAAAUGACCCAAGUUUCCUGCGCAUUUAAUUGGUGUUCUUAUUAUGUUGUUAUAUGUGGUGGGGUACUUGGUCAUAUGAGAAAUCUCUGCGAUUUGGGACUUUCUUGUGAAUGGCGAAAAUAUAUAUCUUGGCCCUAGUGUUUAAGUUUUUAAAUCUGUGCUGGUUUGGUGGAAGUUGGUGUUAGCUUUGUAAUACAUCUAUUCCGUUUCGGAUUGGUAUCUGCAAUUUACAGAUGAUUUAAAGAGCGUCCUGCAUGUGCUUAGAUUGUAUUUAUUGUGGUCUAAUAAUGGAUUUCUCUCGAUAGUAGUUUGUAAAUCAUGGGCUUUUGAUAUUAAAUUAUAAAUGGGUUUUUUCUA